AAUCAUGCAUACAACACAAACAUGAUUGGGUAAAAAAUAUUUUUUUUCUUGCAACACCGACUUAACCUCAUAACUGUAGUAUGUUUUCCUUGUAUUCUUGGUAACUACGCUCUCGCGUUUCAGCCAAUCACUAACCAGAACCUAAGAGGCGGUCCUGUCUUCUAUUGGCUAACAACUUCCACGCUCAAACUCGGUCACGUUAGGAAAAAAACAGGAGUUAAUUCAUAAAUUUGUCAUACGCGUCGGAGAUGUGUCAGUGGGUGAUCGUUGCCGUGUACAUAUUUGUGUCGUAAAUGUGGUGUGUUUUAGUGAUAAUGAGAAAACCUACGCUGGACACCAUUAUUAUUAAGUGAUGAAUGCUUUUUAAGUUCAGUGCCUCGUUGUAAUUGUUUUCAUUUGUAUGUCAUCGGACUUGGCAACAUGGCGGCCCCCCGUCAAAAAUCACAACAGAAAAACAUCUCUUCGAUAUUUUCGAAACUACACGGCGCCUUUUCCGGUGCCGUGUGCCCUACGAAGCUGGCGACGGAUAAAAGAACCUUGAAUAAGACGUGGGAGUUGAUGGAUAAAGUGGUUAAACUGUGUCAGCAUCAUAAGAUGAACUUGAAGAAUAGUCCUCCUUUCAUUUUAGAUAUUUUGCCGGACACAUAUCAGAGAUUGCGUAUUAUUUAUUCUAAAUAUGAGGACAAUAUGCAGGCGCUGAAUAGCAAUGAACAUUUUAAUAUAUUUAUUAUAAAUUUGAUAAGGAAGUGUAAGCAGGCUAUAAAGUUGUUUAAAGAGGGGAAAGAAAAGAUGUUUGAUGAGAAUUCGCACUACAGGAGGAAUCUUACGAAGCUCAGUUUGGUGUUUAGUCAUAUGCUGAGUGAGCUUAAGGCUAUGUUUCCGAACGGGACGUUUGCUGGUGACCAGUUCCGUAUAACGAAGAGUGAUGCGGCAGAUUUCUGGAAAACCAACUUUGGAAACAGCACCCUGGUCCCCUGGAAGCUGUUUCGAGAAGAGCUGAACAACGUGCAUCCAAUAUCAUCAGGCUUGGAAACCAUGGCCCUAAAGACCACCAUCGAUCUCACCUGCAACGACUUCAUAUCUAAUUUCGAGUUUGAUGUCUUUACUAGGUUAUUCCAGCCUUGGAGUACGUUGCUACGGAAUUGGCAACUGCUGGCCGUGACGCAUCCCGGCUACGUCGCGUUCCUUACUUAUGACGAGGUCAAAGCGAGGCUACAGAAGUACAUACAUAAGGCUGGCAGUUAUGUUUUUAGAUUAUCGUGUACAAGACUGGGCCAAUGGGCAAUAGGUUACGUGACCGUAGACGGUGAGAUUCUCCAGACGAUCCCGCAGAACAAAAGUUUGGUGCAAGCGCUCCUCGACGGGUAUAGAGAGGGAUUCUACCUAUACCCCGAUGGCAGAGACGUUAAUCCAGACCUAAGCAGCGCCAUCAUAUCUCCGGCUGAAGACCAUAUCACAGUGACUCAAGAACAGUACGAACUUUAUUGCGAAAUGGGAAGCACGUUUCAACUGUGUAAGAUCUGCGCAGAAAACGACAAAGACAUUAGAAUAGAGCCGUGUGGACAUCUACUUUGUACACCGUGUCUCACCGCUUGGCAAAUUGACUCGGAAGGUCAGGGUUGUCCAUUCUGCCGCGCGGAAAUCAAGGGCACGGAGCAGGUCGUGGUGGAUGCCUUCGUACCCCCGAGACCGCCUAACACUUCAGGCGAAAAACACACAAAGAUUGCUGUUAAACCAGUAUCUUCGAAUUCGUCGGGUUCAUCAGGGUCGUCGGGUUGCAAUGGAUCAAGUGUGGACGUCACAAUAUCGAGCAACGCGAGCGCCAACGGCUGGUCGUCCAGGAACACCACGUUCAACGGCCUCACCGACGACAUCGACGAUGCAGAGGAUUGGUCAGAGUUCAACGCGGCUCUUUCCUCCAUCGCGGCCCUCCGGCCCCUGCGCUCCCCCGUGGCGUCCCCGCGGCACUCCCCGCGCGCGGCGCGCAAGGCCCCGGCGCCCGCGCACGCGCACGAGAACGCGUACGGGGAGCUGCGCGCGCCGCCGCUCCCGCCGCGCAAGAGCCUGUCGCCCGGCGACCGCGGCAUGGCGGCCGCCACCAGCGUGCAGGACAUCGCGCUCGCUAGUGCACAAGGUCCUUCACACAUUGCGGAGCCGAGAAGAAGAUCCUCAUUAGAACCUGAACCAGACUCGAGACAUCGGCUGACCUCCAUCAUCACGGGGUCCACGGAAACUAUUACUGGCAUCAUUGACACGAGGCACGAGGUACCACCAGACCCAAGAGCAUUCGAGAAGCCUCGACGAGCGAACACACCACAAUCCAACAGCCGACCCCUCCCCGCACCCCCUCCCGAUAACUUUGACGACCGACCCGACAGAUCGGACAGACUACCCGACAGAUUGGACAGAGUACCGGACAGAUCGGAAAGAAUACCCGAAAGAUCGGAAAGAAUACCCGACAGAUCGGAAAGAAUACCCGAUAGAUCGGAACGAAUACCCGACAGAUCGGAAAGGAUACCCGAAAGAUCGGACAGACCCGAUCGAUCGGGAGAAAGAACUGACAAACCAGAAAGGCUCCCAGAAAGAGAAAGAAUACCAGAAAGAGAGAGAAUACCCGUACCAACGGAAAGAGAACACAGGCCUGUUCCGGCGGAACGCGUUCUCGAAAGAAUACCCCCCGUUCCAGCAGAAAGGGAACAUAGGAUAGAAAAUAGAAUACCAGAAAGAGAUAGGGUAUCUGUCCCCGACAAUAGAGAGAAAGUAGUGCCUUCAGAUAGACUAGAAUUCCCACCAGUAAUACCAGAGAAACCAGACAGGAUAUUUGACAGGGUUGAAAGCAGAGCGCCGCCGCGGCAAAGGUCGUUGCCCUCGAGCAAUAGCGGAGGGGACAUCCAGCCGACCAAGUCCACCACGAUGCCAAAGUUCCCGUCGGAAGAGAAAGAUCCGCCGUAUGAGAAUGUGGCGGCGGAGAGGAAUGAACUAGCUGUAGCACCCAAAAAAUUCAACCCCCUAACGCACGACAAAAACGGCCGGAAGUACGGUGAGAACGUCUCGUACGAAAACAUAAAUUUAGACUACAUUGCUCGCUUAGUAGGCGAGGGUUACCCCAAAGAUAUCGUUGUACGAGCAUUAGGCAUCACUAGGAACGACUUGGAAAUGGCGUGUGACAUUUUACACGAAUUCGGGUCGAAAGUUUCAAAUAAGUGCUAGUUUUAAUUUUAGUUCAAUCGCUUAGUAAAUGAUGGGAAAACGUUAGACUAAUUUUACCUUAUAGUUUAACCUUAUGUCCCAUAUUUGGAACAUAAGGUUUCGCAUUAUGUCCAUGGAACAUGGUUUAACCUUAUGUGCCAUAUUUGGAACACGCUCGCUAGUUUAAUGUUCGCGUGGUAUGCAUCCUUCCUGAAUUUAUAGUACAAACAUUGUUAUAAAUUGAUGUUUAUGAUAAACUUGCGAGUUGCGAGUGUAAUUAAUGUGUUCCAAAUAUGGAACAAAUUUACUGGACUGGUUAUUUUAGCUUACAAUUACAAUAUAAUUUUUUUUUAACUAACGUAAAGUAAAGUUUAACGGUUUUUACCAUCACUACCAUCUCAUUAGUUUACCACAUUUUAGUUUUAGUCCGCGUUUGCUCACAAAUUAUCAGCUUUAUUUAUUAAAUCUUCGCAAAUUGUACAUUUUGUGAUAGUAUCAUUAACACCAAUAUUGUAAUAAUCGUCAUAAUAUAGACUCAUAUAGAUAACUCUGUAAGCAAUAGUGAUCGUUCCUACUUCAACUUAAGACGCAUUUUGUAGUAGCUGUACAUUGUCCUACCUGUAUCUUGUAAACAAUUACUAUUGGGUGACUUUGUUAUACAAAAUUAGUGACUGGUUAAAAAUAAAAGCCAUUUUAUUUAACCGUUUGACCGCCAAAGAGAGUCGCGCAUGAUCCUUGUCUGAAUGCCCGAUGGUUGAUAUUGGGCUGUCCCAAUAUCGACCUUCGGGCAUUCAUAGUCAUAGUCAUAUCAUUUAUUGCAUACAUGUGUUUACAUUAGGUCUUAUUUAUAUCUUAGGUUACAACAUGCACCCGUUAGGGCAUAGCAACAUAGUUACCUAAAUAAUACUUGGUCUAAAUUAUAUUUUAACAGCUCACAACAAGACAAGGACAAGACAAGACAGACAAGGAUCACAAUGAUGUUACAGUAAAUAUUAGUACUCGUAACGUAACCAACGUAUCACAUGACAACGAAGAAAUGUAGAAAGCAACGACAUCUGGCAUUUGGUGAUAAACACGUACAGUUUAUUCAAGAUCUUGAAACCAAUAGCGUAUGGUAUAAUCAAAGAUUUAUUUGAUUGUAUUUUAAGAUGUGUAAAAUCUGAAUGAUAAUCGUGGCCGUUGUUUUACAACCGAAUUUGACGAUUGUCAAAUUCGAAGCAUGGAUGGGCCCCAUUUUAUUGAAUGUUGUACAGGUUUUUUUUAUUUGGCAAUUUUUAUGUUAUUUAUACUCAGAAUCAGGCUCUUUCCUACUAGGAGGAAAAAUGUGUCCUAAAAAUACCAUAGGUACAUUAUUCGUUCCUUCCAUUCCGUUACCUUCAUACAAAAUCUAUGAAAAAUGGUAUUGGAAUGGAAAUAAAAAUCUUGGGACACUUUUUUCUCCUGGUAGGAUCGAAAGCUCGUAAUUUUGAGUAGAAAUAUCCAUAUUAAAAAGUGUAGUGUGCAAAUUUAAAUAAAAUGGCCCGAAUAUGUAAUAAUAAUUUAAAUGAAGUGAAGUGAAGUGAUAGUUGGUUGAAACUGUUAUCCUCUUGUAGUGGUAAUUUCCAAAAGAAAACUUUUACAUCCAUUAAUCAUAACCUUCAAAAUAAAGUACGCUACUCAUCAAUUUUAUAAAAAAAAAUUGAAUUAAAUUCGUGAUGGAUGACGAACACGAUUGAUAAUGAUAUGAUUAACGAUUUUAUUUUCUAUUAGCAUAGUUUAAAUAUAUAAUAGUAAUUCAAAUUAAAAGUCGCCAUUGUUGUUAAUCUCGGUGUUUUUGUAUUUAAACAUUUGUAAAUAGUUUUUUAAAUGCCUUUUUAAUCUGACGAGUGGCGAGAUGUUUCAUAUAACCUAUACGGUUUCAUUUCUAAAAAACGUGUGAUAGUAUUAUAGGCUUAUUGAAAAGCAAACUUAAAACCAUAGACGAUAAAGCACAUUUUUAUAUAACGACGUAUUUAUUUUGCUUCGACCUUAAAGCGUAGUAGUCACAAACAAUUUUAAUUCCAGUUUUUUUUUUCUUUCUAAUCAGUAUUCAUCUUACUCAUAAGCUAAUUUCAGUAAGCAUUGUAAAUAUAUUUGUAAAAUAAAUAUUACUUAUAUUUUCAUAUGAAAAAAAUGCUGUCUUAAAACUACUUAAAUAGUCGUUCAUAUAGAUUAUAUUUUUUUUAAUGUGUAUAAUGAAUGAUUGUAAUAAAAUACAAAUUUUGACACUCUGACUUAUGACAUUUGCAAUAUUAAUAUUUAGCAUAACUAUUCUACUUUAAAUUGUUGAUGUAAAUAUAUUUUUAUUGUUCGAACUCUGAUACGGGCAUCUUCCUUUUUUAAUGAAGUAAGAAACUAGUAUAAUUUUAGUUGAACAUUGUACGAGCUUAAACUGCACCAAUGUUUUUUUUUAUUAUAUCUUUAAAUUUACAUUUUCUACUGACUUAUUAAAUUGACAAAUUUAUUAAUCUACAUACAAUUCUUAAUUUUGACUUUAAAUAAAAUAGAAGAGAAAUUUUAGCAUUAUAAUUAUUCAAAUAACACAACUAUAGACUAAGCAAGAUUGGUCAACCGAAUUGUGGUAUUUACGUUUUUUUUUUAAUUUAGCAACCCACAGCAAUCGUCUAACCAAUAAUCUAUCGCUUGAGAAAAUAUAAUCGAAAAUACCACUAAUCGGUCUGGGUAUAUUGCCAUAAACAUAGCUGUCAUCUGCCACGAAAUAUUCAUAAUAAAUUAUCUAAAUAGCGAAAUCAUAAGUCCAUAUAACUUUAACAAUCUCUGUGUAAGUAAAGACAUCCCAUAGUACAUUUUUCGUUAAUAUCCGAAAAGAUGACAUAAUUCGUGACCUAAAUUUCUCCGCUUGUAUUUAUUAAACUUACUUUUCUGAUAUUGCACACAAAUAUUUACCCUGUGGGACAUAUAUGACCCAUUGAAAAAAUUAUCUUAAGCUUCAGAUCAAAAACUAAUCCUAGGCAUAAUCCUAUUGACACAGAAGGUGCAGGAAUAAUUAAUUUUAUUAUCGCUUAUCGCGCUUUAAAUAACCUGACUGAAUUUUAGUAGUUAAUGUUUUGCUAACCAAUGACAUGAGAAGAAACAAGCCAUAUAGGUUUUAGUAUCACAAAACUUUACCUGUUUAUAAAAUAAAUCAUAACAAGAGCUCUUGAUAACUUAAAUUAACUGUUUAAAUUGAUUUGGUCUCGAAAAAAUCGGUGUCUUCUACACUGUGUUUUUCAAACUUGAAUUUUGCUCAAUUUAAAAUUCUGAUAACCGUAUUUGGUACGUUAUUGAGUUUUUCUGUUUUAAUUUAACCUGUUUGCUUCUUUAUUCUUACGUCAUUGUUGCUAUUUAAUUUUCUAUAUAAUAAUUAAUCCAAUCCAUUGUAAUCAUACCCCCGUAAUUUAAUAUUACCAUUGUAAUAAUAUUAAGUAGAUUACCAGGACCGUAAGGUAUUUAUGAAUAAAUACAUAUCCACCAGUGCGCUAGUCAAAUUAUAUACUUGGGCAUAGAAUGUAUAGCAAAUGUGUUUGUAAUAAUACUUCGGAUAUAUUUGUUUUUACGAAUUUAUCCGAAGUGAUAUCUUAAAAACGUUGCACAAAUCUCUAGUUCUAAGUGACCCAUUACAAAUUUAGCUGUCUCAAGAUAAAAAGGGCAAGCGAUUUAUAACGCGAUAAAAAAAUACAUUAGGGUAACUUUUUGAAUGGUCCAUUUUUACUACAUUAGAAGCACUGCAUACCCAAGUAAGACUAGUUACCAAAGGUAAGAGUGUUACCAAUGUAUAAAGUGAUUUUAUAGUCAUCCUGUUUUUAAUGUUACCUAAAUGCACCGAAUAGAUACCUAUUAUUACACACAUAGCUGUAUAUUCUUGUCCAAAGUUGUAAUAAUAGUAUCUUAUAAUCUUAGGCUGUGUAUACACUAUCGCUUAGUGACAUUGAAUAUAAACCAUGAUAAAAUAUUAGCGACAACAAAAUAAAUCAUGUGUAUACAGUACAAGUGACAAAAAUCUAGUUUCAUUAUUUUGCUGCAUUAAUUUCACAAUAACAUGACAUUUACUCGCAUUAUUUGUGUAUAAAAUCAUUAUGAACACAAGAAAUGCAAAUGAUGCACUUUAUUUGAAUUAUAAAGGAAAAUGGAAAUCAUGUGGGAACAUUUACAUUAUGAACUAACACGAACAUGCCUUUAUUAUUCUUGAGCGAAUGAGAUAAAUGUGUCAGUCCAAAUAAAAGGGUAAUUUAUCAUUCAGUGAGUCAUAUUUGACCCACAAUGCAGGGACAGUGUUAAGGAAAUUUGGGACAAGUUUGCAACAUUGUCAAUUUAAUAAAGGCAAUGAAGUAAUUCCUCGUUUGGAUUAACGGGCUUUUCUGUUUUUAAUGUUAUUUCUACUCAGAAUCAUGAGCUCUUUUUAUCCUAUAGGAGAAGUGUCCCAAAAUUUCCAUACAUUUUUCGAUCGUUCCGUUCCGUUACUGUCAUAUAAAAACGGUAACAGAAUGGAAUUAAAAAUCUUGGAACGAAUAAGCUCGUGAUUCUGAGUAGAGAUUACAUACAAAUGUCUAAAUUAAAAAAAAGUGUAAGCGUACAACUUCUAGUAAAAUGGCCAACCUAUAUAUUAAAUCACAUUUACAAACGGGUAUAUCGCGAAUUUAUUUUAUUACGUCGGUUUAACGGCUUUAUUUAUAAAGGUAACAAAAUAAAUUCGCGAUAGACCCGUUUGUAAAUGUGAUUUAAUAUGUGUUCAAACCGCGAAAGUUUUAAAUGUUGCAAACCUAUAUUUUGCCCUUAUAUUUGGACAAAUGUGUUUUCGGUUGGUAAUGGCAAUGUAGAAUGAUUAUCAUAUCAAGCCACAUCAAGCGAAUACCUCAUUAUACAAACCUGUGAGUUUACUAACGUUUCUUGUUAAAUUUGGAAGCUACGAUGGGUUUGGAAUGCGAAAUUAGAACAUUUGAUACUGUUUUUAAAGUAAGGACCCGACUGUUUCUAUCUCUAUCGUAUGUUGCUGUCCCGCACGCCCAAUGGCAUUGACCGCCGGCAUUAUAGGCAGGACUAUGCGGAUUCGUUUGAUAGAAACAGGCGGGUUAGUGUACUUAAUUCUCCGUGCCUAGCGUCCUUACUUAGUGUUUGAAAAAUAUAUUUAAACUUAUAAAAUUAUGUUGAUACUAUAAGUGAAUUCAUGAAAUCUAAAAAUAUAUCUGAAUGCAUAAAGCGUCUUUUUAAUGCGGCGUUUGUCAUGUGUUUAAUUAAAAAUAAGAUAAAACAUACGUUGAUUUAAAACGAACGUUUUAUCUUAUCGUGAAAUAGUUAAAUAAUAGUUUCGAAUGUUCAAAAGAGUACUGACAACAUAAAGGUUUGAAUUAUUCGUUUGUGUUAUGUAUUAAGUUUUUAAUUUUGUUGAAUUUUUCGGUGGAUCUGUAUUUUUUAUCAGUUAAUGAAAUUAGCUCGCGGAUCCACGAAAAAAAAGGUUAUGUUUUUCUUUUCGUGGACCCGUGGCGGAUAAAGGAUUGUUUAGUUGGUAACUGUUCGAAUAUUUGGCUACGAUUGGAUUGUUGCUGAGGCUGGCUGGUUUUACGCUUUAGUAAGGAUAUGUUGCAAAUAUAUUAUAAUUCAGUAAAAUUA